AUGGCAGUUGCAACCGCCGCUCUCGGUGGCUAUUUUCCCUCCAAAAUUCAUUCUUUGCCACCACCGCUCAAAAUAACCGGCCAAAUCGAACGACCUUCGCCACCUCCACCGAUAUUCAUAUCCACUAAUCCAUCGCACGUGAAUCUGCAUCAUCUAAAAGACCUCUACACCUUCUGCAACCACUCCUGCCACCGCUUCCCAAACGUGGACGCCACGGGCAGAGUCGAGGUCAUUGAUGCUGGCAAGCUCCGCACCGCCAUUUUCCACAGCUCCGUCGUCGUUUCGGUCUUCACAAAGCCCGAAUUUGUAACAACUCAUUCUUCUCCAGUGGAAGUGUCAAAUUUGAUGGGCAUUGGUGGAGAGUGGAUCAAAAGAGUGAUGCCAGUGACGCCAGAUAAUGGGCAGUUGAUAGGGUUUGGUCGCGCUGUUUCGGAUUUUGGAUUGACAGCUUCUAUCUAUGAUGUCAUGGUUCUUCCUGCUCUACAAGGUAGAGGAAUUGGCCGAAUGAUAGUUCAGAAAAUUGUUAGAAUGCUGACGAACAGAGACAUAUACGAUAUAGCUGCUCUCUGCUCCGAUAAAGAAAGGUUAUUCUUUAGAGCAUGUGGAUUUGGAGACGAUAUACUGGGAUCGACCACAAUGAUGUACACAAGGAAUUCUAGCUAUUCCAUAGAUGAGGAGACAUUAUCCGUUGGUAGAAAGCAAUUCAACCAGUAUUGCGCCGAGAUUGAUGCUUCAGAGAAUAACAAUUUAGUUUGGAGAACUAAGUUUUCAAUUACAGUCAACACUUCUGAACCAAACUUUCAAGAUUUGGCUCUUCAUGUUGAAGUUUACAGUAGAGAGCCAAUCUUUCUUAGGCAAAGUCUCCUGGGAACUGAAGAGUCUAGUCUCAUGGAUCACAGUGGUGGCAUUAAGCUGGUUAGUCCAUAUGAACCCCGAGGAAAUCACCAGCCACAACUGCCGCAGACACAACCUCAGCAACUAGCAAGCCCUCCACUGACAAAUAGCCAAUAUGCCCUUCCAAUGCCAAUUCCUAAAAUUAUUCCCAGCCACCAAACUAUCCACCAGUUGGCGGACCUAGCUAUCAACCACCUCAAACUCACCACCGCCGCCUCCAUCUUCUAA